AUGGCCAUCCUGCAGGUCUACCAGGCCAAGGCGUUGAAAGAACUGCGCUCAGCGACUGACACUGCUCUUGGGGCUAUGAAGGUCACGGCACAGGCUCUGAGGAGGGCGAUGUCCACUUUAGUGGUCCAGGAACACCACCUGUGGCUCAACCUGGCUGAUAUGCGGGAAGUCUUUCUUGACGCCCCCAUUUCACAGAUUGAAUCUACAGGCAACAGCAUGUGCCCGCCUGGCCAUUAUUGCCCAACUGGUAUCGGCUCUCCUCUCCCAUGCCCCGCUGGAACAUUCUCCAGCUCCCCAGGGUUGAGUGGGGCCGAGCAGUGUCAGCCGUGUCCUCCUGGGUACUUCUGUGAGCAAACUGCUAUGGUGUAUCCAUCAGAAGCAGCUCUCUGUGAUGCUGGAUAUGUGUGUAUCAAUGGCAGUCGUAGUGCUCGACCGAUAGAUGGACUGCAGGGUUAUAUUUGUCCGAGCAGACACAGUUGCCCCAUUGGUACUCCAUUGGAAGUGCCUUGUGAGCCUGGCACAUACAGCAGUGCUCCUGGUGCUGCCCACUGUCUCUCAUGCCCAGCUGGCACUAUGUGUCCUUCCCCUGGCACACAGGAGCCAUCCCCAUGUCCCAUGGGUCAUUUUUGCCCUGUUGGCACUGCUGCAGCUGUACCCUGUCCUGUGGGCACACUGGGACAGGUUACCAGGGCUCAGUCGGAGGCUGCCUGUGUGCCCUGCCCUACUGGCCUCUACUGCAGUUCACCUGGAACAUCACAACCACAGGGCCAGUGCCAGCAGGGUUAUUUCUGCCAAGGAGGGUCUCCAAAUCCUGCUCCUCUGAAUAUAACUGGCUACCUCAGGAAUGGCCCCUGUCCGCAAGGUCACUUUUGCCCUUCUGGAACCCUAAUGCCUCUGCCUUGCCCAGCAGGCAGCAUUCGUAACCUCACAGGGGGUUACUCCAUAGAAAGCUGUCUUCCCUGCCCAGCAGGGCAUUACUGUGCUAGCGAGGGCCUGGAUGCUCCAAAUGGACCCUGUGCUGCAGGCUUUUACUGCCCAGUAUACUUCUCCUCCACCACCCCGCACGCUUUCCUCUGCCCCAAGGGUCAUUACUGUCCCUUGGGCUCAGCCCUGGCCUUGCCCUGCCCCACGGGACAGUACCAGCCGAAUUCGGGCUCGGAUAACUGCAUCCCCUGCCGUCCAGGCUAUUACUGUGAGGAGGCAAUUAUCGGAGACCCCCGGCCUUGCCCUCCACACUCCUACUGCCCUGCAGCAACAAUGGUUCCUCAGCCCUGUCCCAAUGGCACAUACACCCCACUUGAGGUCGGGGGUUUGCAGGAGGAGAGAGAGUGUUUGCCGUGUCCACCAGGAAAGUUCUGCAAGUAUGUUUACAGAUCUUAUAAGAGUGUUUCUUCAACCAUGGACACUUAUGACCUUGUAGACUUUUAG